AUGGAGUUACAGCAACUGGAAGAUGAAAAGAAGCUAAAGGAACGGUUAGUCCAGUUACAAAUACAAGAGGAGAAGGAGAUGCGAAAAAAGGAAAAUUCAAUCAGAGAACUAGCUGUCCAGCAGGAAAGGAUGCAGAAGAAAAAGGAAAGGAAUGAAAUGAAACGAAUGGAAGAGGAAUAUUUAUCUAAGAAGUACACCAUGAUGCAGGAUAAUGAUGACGAAAGCGUUAAAAGCCACAGAUCAGCAACGAGUGAGACCAGUAAAGUGAAACAUUGCGUAAACCUUCAGCAGAUUCAGACAUCGGAAGCAGUCAGUCAGUCUGUUCUAUCUGAAAUGAAGCAGCCACAUACUCAUCGCCAAGGUCAAUCAUCCGAAUUGCAGAAUCCACCCAUGACAAACGAGAUGCAGUCAGCAACAGCGCAGCAGGACAUUCUUCAGGUACGACGAUUCCAGUCUACGAUGUUACCCAAUGCGUGCAACGAUGUAGUCCAGCAGCCAGUGAAUCAGACAUCGUCAUCGUGUAACGCAACACAAUCUGCCGCAGCACAUCCCCAGACCCUGUCAAUGUACAUUCACCGAUUAGGAAUGAGGUAA